AUUGAAUUGCCUGAAAUUGACACGGACACUGACGACAGCGAUUACGAAGAUGUUAAAAGGGUCGAAACUGCCUCAUGGGCCGAUGCAUCGCCUCUCAGGAAGGCACUCAUCAACCAGGAGAAUGUGAACCCAUUCCUCGUGUUCGGAAAGCCCGCCCCUCUCAAUAUGGAGGAAUUAUUCCCGGAGAGUAAGGAUCGCUUCCACAUGUUUCGACGAAGAAAAUCGAGUGGCGACUGGAGCGGCGCAGACAGACUGACCGAGGAGGAA